CCGUAUACACACAAAACUCAUCAACUUACAACUCAUCAUCGACAGUGACCCCGAUUAUAUUGUUCAGGGCCAGUGGCGGAGAAUGGUACAUACAGCUGCAUAAUUUGUUGCGCACACUGAAAUAAAUGGAAUUCCUACUUCAGUCUUAAUUUGCAUUGUAUUUCAUCUGAAUUAGCCGAAUUGAGGCUACCGCUCGGGUUACCUGUGUGAAUAUGACACCUCCGGGCUUGUUCACAUGACCACUUGUGACACAGAUACAAGUCCAGUUUUUUAGAGAGGUCGGCCGCUUGACAGGAUUGCAUCAGCCCUGCCUCCGUCCACUCCUCAUCACCGAGAAGAGGGGUGAGAAAUGUGACCUGAUCAUGUCGAUAAAGCUUUUCUCUGUGGAAUACGAUCAAGUGAAUGAAAGCAGAACUUUCUCUUCCGGAGAUGUUCUCUCUGGAAGAGUGACUGUGGUGGCCAGGAAGGAAACCAAAGUGAAGUGUUUGAUGGUCAGCGCGAAAGGAAAGGCUGAGGUCAAAUGGUUUGAUCGAGAUGGACAGACGACAGUGCUCCACCGAGAUGAGGAGAAAUAUUUCUAUUUGGAACACAUUAUUCUUCAGGAUAAAAAUAGAGGAGAUGGAUCUGAAAUUGUUCAUCAAGGGAGAAAUGUGUAUCCUUUUACCUUUGAGAUUCCAAACAUAGAAAUGCCUUCGUCGUAUGAUGGAAAAUGGGGCAGAAUCUCAUACGGUUUACAAGCUCAAUUGACUCUGUCAAUCUGGAGCAUCCACAAAAGCAAAAUUGAGUUCCCAUUUCUGACCAAGUCUGAGUUUCCCUUUGCCUCCAAAUCAGAAAUGUUGAUCAUCGGACUUCAAGAACGGCAAUGCUCAACCAAAAUUUCAUUUCAUGGCUCUGGAAAGGUUACUUUGAGGGUUACUUCGGAGAAAAUGGGGCUGAUGCAAGGUGAAACGAUGCAAGUGUGGGUUGAAGUCAUCAACAACUCAAAUCGCACAGUAACACCCAAAUUUUUCCUUUGUGAGAAGCAAAUGUUUGUCGCUCAGUCCGAGGCUAUUGUGCACACAAAUGAGAUCCCCUUCGGUACGGGAGAAUCUGUUUCAGCUCGCAGCAGUCUCACCAUGAGCAAUGUUCUACGUAUCCCACCGCAGCUCUACCCCACCUUCUUCAACUGCUCCAUGAUCAAGUUCGAGUAUACACUCAAGGUCACACUUGGUGAGCCACUGACAAGAGAUCCAGACAUCAAACUUCCUCUGGUCAUUCUACUGGCUUCUUCCCAACCAUAUCAUCAAAAACCAAAAAUCGUCCAUGGGACAUGAAAUGAUGAAACUGCUAAAUUACUGUGAUGCAAUUUGGCAGUGGCUGGAAUGUGAAUGUGGAUUUAAUUAACUUCCGUUUCCUUGUAGUGUUUGUUCUCAAACAAUGUCUUUUUUUUUUUUUUUUUACAAUUCCUGUAUGAGGAAAGUUACUGGUAUGAAUAAAAUGAGGACAUACCUCCAAUGACAACAGCACUCAAUGCAGCUCAGCCAAGCCCAAGUGAAGCAUUCCAAAUGUCAACGUAAUGUUUCUAUUUCUGAUGCUGUUUGAUUUUCUCCAGUUAAUAGUGUGCAAGUGGUGAUUUUUCAUUUGUACCAAAUUUGGCGGUGGCCACACAC